AUGGGUGUUUAUUUAUCUGCUCCUAAGCGAGAAAAGACUACAGUAGUAGGAUAGGGUAACGGAUUUGUAUAUGCAGCUUCUUCAAUGCAAGGUUGGAGAGUUAGUAUGGAAGAUGCUGAUAUUUGUUGUCCUAAUCUUGAUAAUGGAAUUCAACUUUAUGGCGUUUUUGAUGGUCACGGAGGGUAAGAAGUAUCUUCUUUUGUUCAAAAGAAUUUUUCUGAGUAAUUGCUAAACAAUACUGAGUUUUAGCAAAAAGACUUUACAAAUGCACUUAUUUAAAACUUUAUGAAGAUGGACGAAUUACUUCGCAGCGAAGAAGGCAAGGCUCAACUCCGAGAUAUAAUGAAGGAUAAAUCUAAAACAGAUACAACUGCAGGAUGUACAGCUAAUGUAGUAUUAAUUCAUGAAAAUACAAUGUACAUCGCAAAUGCUGGUGAUUCAAGAACACUAUUAAGCCAAAACGGAAUCCCAAAGAGACUUAGCGAAGACCAUAAGCCAGAUAAUAUGAAAGAGUACUAAAGAAUUAGAGAAGCUGGAGGAGAUGUGCAGAAUGGAAGAGUAAACGGAAAUUUGAAUCUAUCAAGAGCUCUUGGAGAUUUGCAAUAUAAAAAAAAUUUUUAAAUUCCAUAGGAUAAAUAACUUAUUAUAGCAAAGCCAGAUGUUACUAUCCAUAAAAUAACCCCAGACGAUGAGUUUAUUCUUAUAGGGUGUGAUGGAAUUUGGGAAACCCUUAGUGAUGAAGAAAUUAUUAAAUAUAUUCGCUAAUAAAUAGCUUUAGGAGUAUCAUGCGAUAAAAUAGUUGAAUAAUUAUUAGAUUUAUUGCUAGCUCCAGAUAUGUUAAAUGGCUGUGGAUGUGAUAAUAUGACUUGUAUUUUGGUAACCUUAUAAGAUUACGAUCAAUUAAAAAAUAAAUACAUGUAGAUAAAGGAGUUUUAAGAAGCAGACGGUAGCUAAGAAUAAAAUUCUUCUAAAAGCCCAACUAACCAUCAAAACUAAGAUGAUGAUUCAUAAACCUAAUAAAAUAACGCCCAAAAUGAAUAAUCUAUUAAUUCCCAAAAUGAAGAAACUCAAUGA